CGCUUAUCGUACCUUCUCACUUCUCCCGUCGCCUUCGCUCCUCCACUUUUGCCGCCUCAGAAUGUUCUGAGAAUGCUCUCCUAGUGGGGCUGUUUUCUCUCUAUACCUGACAUCUCUUCUCUUUCCUUACUAUUCCCGCCCUCGCUCUUCACUUCCCCUCAUCCCCAAUUCACAUCAUGGCACGCUCUGCCAUCGUCCAAGAAUACGCCCCUCCCUCCUCGUCCACUCCCACCCUCACGCUCGACCACAAGACCAUCCAUGAACGCCAACAAAAUGGGAUCGCUCGCCCCAAAGGCUACCGUGUCUCCUGGCACGCUAAUCCAGCUGUCGAACCGCACCAUUUCGGUCAAUCGCAUCCGAUGAAACCCUGGCGUCUGACUCUGACCAAACAACUCGUCAUGGCCUACGGCAUGCACCACGCGAUGGACCUGUAUCUCGCUCGCGAAGCGACCUACGAAGAAAUGGCUGAGUUUCACAAAACAGACUACCUUGAUUUCCUCCGCCAGGUCAUUCCCGGCGAUAUGGAGAACCCAGAGCAAGGCGAGAACAUUGCGCGCUUCAAUUUCGGCGACGAUUGCCCCAUCUUCGACGGGCUGUACAACUACUGCUCCCUCUACGCUGGCGGCUCCAUCGACGCUGCUCGGAAGCUCUGCAACAACCAAUCUGAAAUCGCAAUCAACUGGUCCGGCGGUCUUCACCACGCCAAAAAGGCCGAGGCCAGCGGCUUCUGCUACGUGAACGACAUCGUCCUCGGCAUCCUACAGCUCCUCCGUCUGCAUCCGCGCGUGAUGUAUAUCGACAUUGACGUGCACCACGGCGACGGCGUUGAACAAGCCUUCUGGUCCACCGACCGCGUCCUGACCGUCUCCUUCCACAAAUACGACAAAGACAACUUCUUUCCAGGCACCGGCGCCCUAGACAGCACCGGACCCACCCACCCACUGAAUCCAGGAGCACACCACGCCGUCAACGUCCCCCUCCACGACGGCAUCGACGAUGAAUCCUACAUCCGCCUCUUCCGCGAAGUCAUUGGCUCCUGCAUCUCAACCUACCAACCCGGCGCAAUCGUCCUCCAGUGCGGCGCCGACUCCCUCGGCUGUGACCGCCUCGGCUGCUUCAACCUCAACGUCGCCGCCCACGGCGCCUGCGUCGCCUAUGUCAAAACUUUCGGCCUCCCCCUCCUCGUCGUGGGCGGUGGCGGCUACACCCCUCGCAACGUCUCCCGCGCCUGGGCUCACGAAACCUCCAUUCUCAUCGACGCCCAGGAUACCAUCGACCCCAACAUCCCUGAAACCGUCGCCUUCCGCAAUCACUUCGGCCCAGAUUACUCGCUAUUUCCGCCGCUGAGCGAGAUGCGCAAGCUCGAGAAUAAGAACCCGCGCAGCUACCUAUCCGGACUUGUCCAGUCCAUCCACGAGCAGUUGCGGUAUAUGCAGGGCGCGCCGAGCGUGCAGAUGAGUUUUAUUCCGCCGGAUAUUCUGGGCCUGCGGGAGGAUACGGAGAAGGAGAUCGAGGAGCAGAUGGCGCAGCAGGAGGAGGCGAGGGAGGAAAGAGAGGGCAGUGGGUCUGCGAGUAAGAAUAAUCGACGACGGGAAUUGGAGAGGGGUGCUGGGCAGAGAGGGGAAUUAUUCUCUGCUUGAUUCCCUGCUUCUCUUUCGUCCUUGCGUGCCCUCUUUCUCUCUCUGUCGUCGUUGAGUAUCUGCAUUUUGUCUCUUGGUGUUGGUGGUUCCGGCGUUGCUCGUGUCGGUUGUCUUGGUGGUUACUACACGUGAUACCAGUGGAGUUAAUGUACCAUAUUAAAUUAUAUCGCAUGCAUUAUGCAAUCUAUUAGAAUCAUAUCUAAUUCACCAUGCAUGGUUAGAAGAAAAUCAAACUAAAAGUAUUUGGUUA